AUGACGGCACAAACGGAAGAUCUCUGGGAGCAGGCAUUGAGGAAGCUUCCACAGGAGGACCAGGACAGGGUCAAGGAGGCAAAACUCACAGGCAGUAGGCUGCUGACCUUGAAUCUCAUACGCGAGUCCGCUGAAAAAGCAAAGCAGCAAUGCAAAGAAGAGGGUUGGACAAUUCGCCGGACUUCCAGCGGCAGGGAGAUCAAGUUGCGUUCUCUCCUGGAAAAGAUCUCGUCUUGGGUCUCGGAGCUUGUCAAAAUCGUUGACGUGGGUGUUGCAUUCGAUGGCAGUGGUCAUGCAGCCGCCCCCUGGGGAGCCGUCAAGUUUCUCAUUGAUGUCGCAACCUCGAGCAUCAACUUGUUCACCGACCUGGCAGAGGGCAUAGAGCUCACGUGUCAGCUGAUAGCACGUUACGCUGUGAUUGAAAGGCUCUACCUGCUCGACGACCUGGAGACAACGCCAAAGCUGAUGGAGCAUAUUGUCAAGCUAUACACAUCAGUGCUUUCAUACCUUGCGCAAGCCAAAAAGUACUUUACUGGUGGGACUUUGAAGCAAUUGGGUCAUGGCUUGGUUGAGUCGUUGACCAAACGAUACGAAGGCAUGCGAGCGAUGAUGUCCGAGACCGAAAUCGAACGUUGGCUCAAGCUUGCGGAUACUCAGUUGGGCACUGGGAAGACGAGUCUUGUGUCGCUCGUUCUACAACGACUUCAGGCGUACGGGAAUAGCUGUCCACUUGCCUUCUGUUACUGCUCCAGAGACGCAGAACGCGCCAGGCCAGACAAGAUUAUUGGUGCCCUGCUCAAGCAGCUCACAGGCUCUAGUUCGACAGAACCUGUUAGGAGGCCAGUUGCCAUCGAGUAUGGCAAAAGAAAAGCCGCUGCGGACAUGGAUGGCCAGCAACCCGAGCCAUUGAACGUGGAAGACUGCCAAAACCUGAUAAUUGAGCUUUGCAAAGACAAUCCCGCCUUCAUUGUCGUGGAUGCAUUGGACGAGUGUGAUGAGAACAUUGUUCACGAGCUUUUAGAAGCAUUGGACAUUAUUGCACACCAAUCCAAGCAGAUUGUAAAGAUUUUUCUGUCCAGCCGUGAGGAGUUGGAUAUUGCUCAGCACAUCCAGCAUUCGAAGUUCAUUAAAUCUUUGGUUGUCGCAGAAAAGAACCAGGAAGACAUCAACACGUUUGUUGAAGCAGAAGUCAAUCGUUUGACCAAGAGCAAGCGCCUUCUGCGCGGUAGUCUUACAAAACAUGAAAACAAAAAGUUACGGGAGGAGACCAUCGAAGAACUGAAGAAAGGCGCCUGCGGCAUGUUUCGCUGGGUUUCAAUGUCACUCGAAGCACUCCAGUCCUUCAAGCACCGACAUGAUUUCAAAAACGCACUGGGUAAUUUGCCUCCCAAGCUCUUCGAUCUCUAUGGCAUCAUUUACAAAGAGGUCAAAGAGUCGGGUGACUACGCCUCGAGCCUUGCCGUUACGACACUGACGCUUUUGUUGCAUGGGCGUCCGCUGUCCACUGACGAGCUCCUCGCCGCUGUCUCUGAGCAUCUCUUAGACGAUAAUCAGGCCGACCCAUUAUCACUGUCAUCUGGUUCCGAGGAUUCUGCCUAUUCAGUAUCUUCUCCCGAAGUUCUCGACAUAUGUCGCAAUUUUGUGGCUGUGGACGAAAAGGAGCAGAUCUUACGCUUCGCCCACCCGUCCGUCGCAAACUUCCUUGAGAAACAUACAGAUUAUUCUCCGGUAGCUUCCCAUUCGCGGCUUUUAAAAAGAUGUUUGAACGAGCUCACCACACCAACUCCGAUAACAGAGCACACGAACCAUCGGGGUCUAUUCUACGAGUACGCCGCUGAUUGCUGGCUGGUUCAUUAUGACAAAGUCCAUGCAGAGAAGUUGGGCGACACUCUCCAGGGCAAAUUGAAUGAUUUUCUGUUCCAAGGAACUGGCAUCGAACCAAGUCCAUCCUACAAGCUAUGGCUUGAGACGAGAGAUGGUUGUUUCAAACGACGAAUGUUUGACGAUGAGGCUGUGGAAUUCACUUACGUGACCACGCUAUCAAACGCAGUGGCACUGGCCGCCUCUUGCGGAUUCAAGUCAUUGAUGGAGGACACGAUGCAGCGUGAAGGCUUCAACCCAAACGAGCUAUAUGCAGGUUAUGAGACGCCUUUGCACCUUGCCGCCAGGAACUUGAAAGAAGACGUGUCGAUCGUCGAGCUACUCCUUAGUCGUGGGGCACUUCCUAAUACCAGAAACCUCAGCGGCGAAACUCCGUUGAUCAGCGCCACCCACAGAGGCUUCGAACAUAUUGUCAACCAUUUGCUGGCCAUUCCGGGCGUCGACGCAAACAUUGCGGACGAACAAGGACUCACCCCGCUCCACCACGCCUGUUCGAACUUCGGUCGCAAGAAGGAUGGGAGCCACGCUCGUAUUGCAAGGUCACUCCUGAAGAGGACCGAAGUCGACCCGACGUACAUGACAAACGACGGGAAGACUGCACUAUGUUUCGCCGCCAGUGAGGGACCCGCAUCUCUGGUUGCAGAAAUGCUGGAAAUGGAUGGCAUAGACGUCAACUCGCCAACGGCGUAUGACUCUACACCGCUCCACCAUGCAGUAGCCCACGCAGACCUCGACACAUUAAACGUCUUUCUUCGAAGAGCCGAGAUAAACCGAAACAGCAGAGACCACCUGGGGAGAACACCACUCUUUUGGGCAGUAGAAUGGAGAAGAGUCGACCAGGUAAAGCUGCUUGUCAAGGACGUAGCGGUCGAUCCAAACAUUCCGGAUAACGAUGGGGCGACGCCGGUUCACCGUGCUGUGCGAUGGUGUCACGUUGUGAUCAUUGGGAUUCUCUUGGGACGAGAUGAUGUCGACCCAAACAUCCAAGCUCAAGCAAUACGAGGAGACACUCCACUCAUGCAAUCGAUCAUUUACAAGGAUAAGUCAAUAGUAAGGCAGCUUCUAGACGAUGCCAGAGUCAAAGUUGACCUCCAGAACAACGAUGGCGAGACUGCGCUCCACAUCGCUGUAAAACUCUUCGACGAGUCGCUCGUCAAAACUUUACUCGACCACGGCGCCAAGGUUAAUAUCUCGGACAAGCAGGGUCGGACACCAAUCUUGUUAGCUGCAGGGGAUGCACACCUAGAGGCUCUGAGAGAGGAGCUGGAGACGGUAGAUGCCGACGUUCCUCUAGGUAAAGAGCUCCGCAUCGCCGUGAAACGGUCCAACAAGUGGCUCGUCAAAGUUCUGCUGGACCACGGCGCCAAGGUCGAUAUCCAGGACAACGACGGCCGGACACCAAUCUCAUUAGCUGCAGGCGAUGGGCACUUAGAGGCUGUCAAGGAGCUGGUAAGGAUGGAUUGUGUCGACAUUGAUCUAGCAGACAACAAUGGGUGGAAGCCAUUACACUGGGCACAGAAGAACGGACAUGACGAUGUGGUGUCACUGCUCAACAACAGGAAGCACAACUCAGGAGAAGCCUCUACCAGAUAG